AUGGGGAAGUUGACGUUCAAGGGAGAUAAGCCCAAGAAGCGCAAGAGAACAGAAAAUGAGGAUAGACAGGAGCCCGUGAAGAAGGCUAGGGGUGAAAAUAUUAACUUAGAUGGUUGGAGUACGGCCUCGUGCGUGGAAGAUUUGAAAGGACCAUGCAUAGUGCUUGGAGAUAGUAAUAGAGAUAGGAACGAUGAAAAGGAAGAAAAAGCUGCAACUGGGGAACAGCAUGUGGUUUUGCAAGUUGGUGAGGAUACUAUAGCGACGGGGAAAGAUCUUGAAGUUGUAGCAGAUACGGUUAAUUUCUUUGGGGGGAACGACUAUCCAGGAAUACAUAAAUGUGAGCCCAACAAGGUGAAUCAGGUGUUGACAUUAGUCCCGAUAAGCGAGUUCGAGAAGUCGAGGCUAGAUACUUCUAAAACUAACAAAUUUGCCUUAAAAACACAUCACAAUCGAUAUUUGUCUUCAACACUGGCUUUAGUGCAUGCUAUCGGAGACAAUGAGAUAUUUACGUUCAAAAAGGUUGAUAUUGCAAAUGAUACGCUAGGAUGCGACGAACCAUGGUGGGAGAUACUCAACAACGACACCCAGCUUGUGCUUGAACCUUCAGAAUCGUCCUACAGAGUCAAAUUUGUGGAAACUGGCAAAAUAUCCGAAAUCGAUGGUAUAAUUGACAGAUUUGUUAUUAGGGUCCAAUCUAAAAACACCCUUAAGGGAUCUCGGAUAUUAUUGAACGAUACAGAGGUAGAAAACACCCCAAACUUGAAUAAGAUAGUCCGCCAAUUAUAUAAAGAGACAAACGGAAAGAUUGAAAUCAAUGGUGAAUUGGUCAAAAGGUUGAAAGACGCCAUUUCAACAGGCGAUAUCAACGAACAGGUAAUUCAGGAGAAAUCAAAAUACCUCUCUAAAUGGUAA